AUGGCCUCAUCAAAGCCCCUAAUUGGACGCAGGCAGUCGACUGCACUUAAUGGCGACUCAGCUUUGAUUCAGGACGAAGUUUCCGAGUGGCUUCAAGGCCCUGAACAAGCACCCCGAACAGUCUAUAGCGGGAUCUCAGCGACAGAUGCUGCCUUUCAACACCUGGGGCAUGUCUUUGGUGAUGUCACCUAUAACCAAUUCAAUGUCCACGAAGUGGAACAACUACGUGCUCACGUUCGCGGAAAUGAUGACAAGUCCGAUGGGUGGGAUCUUAGAGAGCACGAUGAACGAAUCUCCAUCCGACAGGAUGGUACAGGCUUGUGGUUCUUCGAGGAGCGCGUGUUUCACAACUGGUCUGGUAUCGCAUGCACCAACCCAGCUCUGUGGGUAACGGCAUCGAGUGGUCGUGGCAAGUCCGUCCUGACCUCGCAGGUUUUCGAGCACGUUGCAAAGAUGGCCUCGAGUCCGGCCACGGUACUCAUUCAUUUGUCAUAUGAUACGCAACGUAACCGAUUGCAACUACUCCGGAGUCUGGCCCUGCAGCUUAUCAACUACCUUUCAGAUCAUCAUGGUGUUCCUCAAGAGAUUAUUAGCAAGAGAAGAAGGCCGCUGAACCUUGCCAAGGAGUUUGAAGACCUCGUCACGGAAUUGGUCGCUGUCUGUCCAUUGGUGUUCAUCUUCAUCGACGGACUGAACGAGAUCGAUGACUACAGUCGUUCCGUCGCCGCCACUUUAAGGCGCGGCUUGCAGGACUUCAUUGCAUUCUUACGAAACCAAACCUCCAUCGAAACUGGAGAAUCCAAACUUCGACUGUGGUGCAGUAGCCAAGAGGAUGAAUGGAUCAAGCCAUGCCUGCGUGGUGCAGAGCAUUUUCGGUUGCCAAUCGACGCAAUAAGGAAAGAUGUGAGCCAUUUUCUCACUAGCAUGCUGGAUGGUGCCCUCUGGAAAGCUCAUGAUCGCGAGAAAUGUGACAUACCGAUUGAGGCCGAGGAGCGUUUGCAUUCCACAGCAGCGGAUAACUUUCGAUGGGCAGCCGCGAUGCAAAGAUCCUUGAUUGAUUGCGCACAAGACCACGAUGUACUUGACAUGAUAGCUAAAGGUCUGCCAGUGGACUUGAACAAGAUUUAUCAAAGAGAACUCGAGCGUCUUCAGCUGCGAGAUAAAAAUGAGGCCUCCGAGGAUCCUGAUGGUGUUGGACACUGCCUUUCCACCCACAUUCUCAGUGUCUUGACUUUCUCGAAGCGAGCACUGAAACUCUGCGAGGUCCAGGAGCUGGUGACUCUGGUGUCACCCAAAUUUGCAAAACGCGGGCAGCGCUCUCUUGACAGUAAGAGGGGGCUCAUUAGACUUGAAUGGAUCCAACGCCGCUCUGGUCUCUUCAUCAAGUAUGUCGAUGCUCCAAACCAAGAUAUCGGAGAAGGCUAUCUGCGGCUAGACCAUGGGUCUGUCUACAAUUUUCUCACAGGGUCUUGGUGUGAUUCAUCAACUGGACAGUCCUCACCGUGUCCCGAUCGUUCGAUCCGGCCAGACGUCCUGGCAUUUGGCUGCCUGCAAUACCUGACACAGGGCCGAUACGCUCUACCACUCCGCAAAUUGUCAGCCCUUGAGUUCGAGGCAUCGAGUGGGCCAGAACCCCGAGACGUACGCCAGCAUCGCUUCUUACAGUAUGCGGCAAAAUAUUGGUACAGACACGUUGACGAGGUUGAACCGCUUCCAGAGAAACUUCGGGAACAAGUCAUCGAUUUCAUCUCUUCGCCCCACUUCGUCACGACUCUGCAGGUGCAGUCACUCGAUGUGGGCUGGGCCUACUACGAUUUCCGUGCAGAGUGGGGUCAAUUCCUUCAACAUGGAAUUACGACGCAGUUCAAUGGAGAAAUCGAUCGUUGUUUCUGGGGCGCUCUCGAUGACAGGAACGUUCUUCGCAACAACCGCACCAUUGAGCGUUACCGAAGCUACCGGCUAGGUUGCGAGGGUGGAGAGUCUAUUGCUCAAGGACCUUGCGCUUAUGAAACUGUCAAUGAAUCCGGGGACAAGAUCUCUGUCUGGCGGACAUGUCGAGACCUUUCUUCCUCGACGAUGACAAUGAUUCGCGAGGCUUGGCACGUAGACGGCGUUACUCCACCUUCUCGAUACAUUUGUGAACAACUCAUUUUUGACAGCGACGAGGUCAACUGGAAUGCUUAUGAUCCGUGCAAAUCUCGGAUCUUUGAUUUGAUCCCGCAAGACGAAAGCCAACACCGCCCAUCGCCCAUUGAGGUCAUAAAACCAAACUACAUGAUUCGAAUCGGGGCCCGCGAGUUUGUGAAAUACCGAGAUGUGUGGAAACCACGCAGCACUGAUCGUGAGACGACACUCACGUUUUGGGACAGCACCCAUCUUCGCAACGAUUACCUUGUGAGAACCCGGCGACGCAAAGUCCUGUACCCUUUUGAGAAGAGAAGAAGUAGAGAAGCAUCGCCUGCGCCCUCUUCGGUUUCAGCAGCCUCGUCUGAUAUGGCUCCAUCAGCAGAGUACUUUUACUCGGGCACUUCAGACGAACACAGUACCACCAUGUCUUGGUAUGACGAUGAGAGCGUGGAUGAACCAGACAAUGUCUCUGCGGGGAUACCGGACGAAGACCGCGGUGGAGCAUCUCGCUAUGUACUGGACGAAAACUUGGACUCGAAAAGCAUUCACCUUUGCAACGACAGUCCACGAGAGCCCAUUGCUCUCUCUACGGCGGACACGACUUCUCACGAACGAUCUGAUGAAGCUGGCGGGAGCGAUGAGGCUGAUGAGAUCGAGGAGAGCAGUGAAAGCGACGACGACGUCGAACGUGUGCCGUACCAGCCCCGCAUCACCAGCAGCGGCAAGUACGUUGUCUCAUGCGACGAAUGUGGUGCGGAUCCAGUCUUUCGAUACUACAGGUGUAGGCGCUGCAGGCCAGGAGACUCCUACGAUAUCUGUACCAGCUGCUUUAGCCAACACAAAUGGUGCGAUGACUCCUCGCACCAACUAUGCGGGUAUGACAGCUCACGAGGACGCCAAAUCGUUCGAACUGGACUACAUUCUGUUGACUGGUCACUACCCAACACCUAUGUCAAGGUGCGCCGUCUGGAUGGCCACCAGGAGGAGCCGGUAUUCCAAUUCCGUUCACCAAACGCGGCGCAACUUUAUGAGUCUGGGCCGGCUGUGCACCCUUUGGAACCUUUACUGGUCUACGCUCUGGAUGGCCAGAAACUACUUUUCGCCAACAUGGAACAAAACAGAUUCUUUAUCCAAGAUGUACCCCUCCCGCCAAGCAGCUCCGCGAUCAGCGUUCAGAUGCACUUUUCCGUCGACCAGAAAUAUUUGCACGUAGCAAGGUUUUUCGCCGAGGAAAGUGUGAACACCAACUACGUAGAAGUCUUCUGCGAGAUCUUUGCCUUUCGAUUAGCUGACGGCAAUGCUACCUCUGGGAAGCCCACGUUCUGUCCUGGUUCCUGUGUAUCUCUGGAUGCUCGACGACAAAAGCUGGUAUCUUUACUCCCGUUCACCAUCACUUGGACCACGGACAAUGCGUACGUGACGUUGAGUUCAGACAAACUACGAGUCUACCGCUUCAAGCUACAAUCCGAAGGCAGCGAGGACGUCACUGGAGAUGUUUGCAUGCCGGUAGAAGACAUUUUCCUACCCAGAUCGUGUUGUCAACGGUCUGUUCGUUUUUUUCCGCCACGCUCACCCGACAGUGACUCUACAUUGGUGCUAGGUUGCCGACAGGAUGAGACCUUCGAUUUCCCUGUCGUGGUCUAUAUCCGAAAGGAAGACCUUGGAGACUGGAUCCCCGCCGAUGAAGCACUGAGGUCUUACGCUUCCGCGAAGAAAGCAACACUGAGAGACGAUCCGCUUUACGAAGACUUUGAUGAAGAUUCUGACUGCGACACUUUCCUGUAUCAGACGGAGGGCGAGCGAAUGUAUUAG